AGUUGACAUGGCGGCAUCCCAGGCCUGGCGCUGCCUCGCAUUGCUGCUCCUGCUGCUCUGUGACCCCGCUCGCUUGUCCAGGGUGCCCGCGCGGACGCAGAGGAAAGGGAUUCUUGCCGAAGCCAUGCGGAGACUGCAGGAGGUCUUUGACAUUGAGGCCUUGCCCCAUGAUGUCCUGCCUCACAGGAAGCCACCCCAGUUUAUGGUAGAUCUUUUCAAUAAGGUGGCAGAUUCCAACGGGAUCACGAAGGCCCCAGGGCUGCUGGAAGGCAACGUGGUGCGGAGCCUUGAAGACCGAGAUUAUUUUGAUCAGUCUUAUUUCUACUUCAACAUCUCUUCGGUUGGGAGGAAUGAACAAAUGCUAAAAGCUGAGCUCAGAGUUUUCAAGCUAAAUAAAAACCAUGUGCCUCAAAAAUCUUUUUGGCAACAUUUUCUCAAAGUGGAUGUGUAUGAGCUUUUGGACAGGGGAAGUAAGCCGCAGAGAAGAAAUCUCAUUUCAUCCAGAUUACUGUCUUUGUAUACCGAAGGCUGGGAGGUGUUCAAUGUCACGCAGACAGUUUCCAAAUGGUUUGGAAACAGCAGCACUAACCAUGGCUUUUUGAUCACUACAACUCAUCUAUCUAAAACCAAAAUGGAAUCCAACUUCGUCAAGUUUGCCAAGAGCCGGCACAAUAUGCGAGACAGUAGGAAUGCUUUCUUGGUCCUCUUCACCAAUAAUGACAGACAGAAAUCUUCCAGCUUCCUGCCCUCUUCCACUGAAUUCCAGCCAUCCUUGCCUGAAGACGAUACUUCAUCACACCUACCUCACCAAAACGAGGUCUUUGCAAACAUCAGAGUGAACAAAAGCAGAAGAAUUCGGGAUACCUCCUUCUUCUCCCCCAAAGGCCAAAUUGUGCCAUGCCAGCUCAAUGAUCUCUUCGUCGACUUCCAUGAAAUUGGUUGGGCGGGGUGGAUCAUUUCCCCACGUGGCUACAAGGCUUAUUAUUGCAAAGGGGCCUGCCUGUUCCCCUUAGGGGAAAGUCUAAGAGCGACCAACCAUGCUACCGUCCAGUCCAUAGUGCAUACGCUGAAACUGUCCAAAGACGUCAGCACGCCGUGCUGUGUCCCAGACAAACUGAGUUCCAUCAGCAUUAUGUACUUUGACGACAGUGAGAAUGUUGUCCUUAAGAAUUAUAAAGACAUGGUGGCCACGAGCUGUGGUUGUCACUAACAAGAGCCCUUUCUGCCUGCAACUGACUUGCAUCUGGACUCGGUGCACCCAUUCUCCACAGCCCCAGUGGUGCUGGAACAACUUUUAUAGU